CAAUAAUUGUAGAGUAGUUCUUAAAUAUUUCGAGGGAUGGAUUACUCUUUCUUUUGUUGAUUAAUUGUUUUAGUGAGAUUUCUAACAAAGGUGAACAUAGAUUAAGUGAUACUAAUAAAAGUGUUGGUGAUUGGAGAGAGAGAGAGAGAGAGAGAGAGAGAGAGAGAGAGAGGAGAAGAGAAGCCUUCUGUGUGUGGAGAAUUGUUGGGAUUUGUUGACUUGAGUGCUAAAAUAAAAGAAAGAUUUUUUUGAAGGAAAGAAAGAAAGGAGAAACUAUGGGGAGAGGUAGGGUUGAGUUGAAGAGAAUUGAGAACAAGAUCAACAGGCAAGUAACAUUUGCAAAGAGAAGGAAUGGACUUUUGAAGAAAGCCUAUGAGCUUUCCGUUCUUUGUGAUGCAGAGGUUGCUCUCAUCAUCUUCUCCAAUAGAGGAAAGCUGUACGAGUUUUGCAGUAGUUCAAGCAUGCUCAAAACUCUUGAGAGGUACCAGAAGUGCAACUACGGAGCACCAGAGCCAAAUGUAUCAGCAAGGGAGGCCUUGGAACUGAGUAGCCAGCAAGAAUAUCUGAAGCUUAAAGCACGCUACGAAGCUCUGCAAAGAACCCAGAGGAAUCUUUUGGGAGAAGACCUUGGUCCUCUGAGCAGCAAAGAACUUGAAUCACUUGAAAGACAGCUUGAUAUGUCAUUGAAGCAGAUAAGAUCAACAAGGACCCAGUACAUGCUGGAUCAGCUCAAUGAUCUACAGCAUAAGGAACACAUGUUGACUGCAGCUAAUAAGUCUCUGAAAGAAAGGUUGAUGGAAGGCUACGAAGUAAAUUCACUCCAGUUGAAUCUAAGUGCAGAAGAUGUGGGUUUUUCUCGACAACAAGCUCAACCCCAAGGUUAUGGAUUCUUUCAUCCUUUGGAGUGCGAACCUACGUUACAAAUUGGGUAUCAGCCUGACAGUGCUAUAACAGUGGUCACUUCUGGCCCAAGUAUGACUGCUUACAUGCCAGAUUGGUUGCCAUGAUAGGAGGACCACCGCGCGCGGUUCUCAGUCAUGGAAUGCAUUUCCUCAGCAGCAAGGUUGAUUACCAUUGUUCAGAAAACCCGCGCGUCUUGUAUGUUACUGAUGAAACAGUCUUUAUAAUGAGGUGGAUCAAUCAUUUAUCAUAAUUCUACUGCACCUAGGACCAGUGCAAGUAAUGCUUUGUGUGUGCGUGUGCAAGCACUGUGCUGCUGCUUUCAGCAGUUGCAGGCUCUCUCUCUUCUUCUUUUUUAAUUAUUUUUAUGAAGAAUAAUUAUCCUUUGUAUGCAAGACCAUGAAAUUUAAGGUGUUUCUAUCUAUCCUU